CCAGACCCUGUUCUAGGCUCCGUGGAUACAACAGUGAACAAGGCAGAUGAGGCCGUGCCCUUGAGGAACUUAUUGGAGGCAGACAGUGAAGCAGAUCAUGGAGGAGGCGGUCACACGCAAGUUUGUCCACGAGGACAGCAGCCACAUCAUCUCCUUCUGCGCGGCCGUGGAGGCCUGCGUCCUGCACGGGCUGCGGAGGCGGGCGGCUGGCUUCCUGCGCAGCAACAAGAUCGCAGCUCUCUUCAUGAAAGUGGGCAAGAGCUUCCCGCCGGCCGAGGAGCUGAGCCGCAAGGUGCAGGACCUGGAGCAGCUGAUCGAGAGCGCGCGAAAUCAGAUCCAGGGCCUCCAGGAGAACGUGCGAAAGCUGCCAAAACUGCCCAACCUGUCCCCACUUGCCAUCAAGCACCUGUGGAUCCGCACGGCCUUGUUUGAGAAGGUCCUGGACAAAAUUGUUCAUUACCUUGUAGAAAACAGCAGUAAGUAUUACGAGAAGGAAGCUCUCCUGAUGGACCCGGUGGACGGCCCCAUCCUUGCGUCUCUGCUGGUGGGGCCCUGCGCCCUGGAGUACACCAAGAUGAAGACUUCCGACCACUUCUGGACGGACCCUUCGGCCGACGAGCUUGUCCAGAGGCACCGCAUCCACAGCUCGCACUUCAGGCAGGACUCGCCCACCAAGCGUCCGGCCCUCUGCAUCCAGAAAAGGCAUUCGAGUGGCAGCAUGGACGACCGGCCCUCCCUCUCCGCCCGUGACUAUGUGGAGUCCCUGCAUCAGAACUCCCGCGCCACCCUGCUCUACGGCAAGAACAACGUUCUGGUCCAGCCGAGAGACGACAUGGAGGCUGUGCCGGGGUAUCUGUCCCUGCACCAGACGGCUGACGUCAUGACCUUGAAGUGGACGCCCAACCAGCUGAUGAAUGGGUCUGUGGGGGACCUGGACUAUGAGAAGAGCGUCUACUGGGACUAUGCCAUGACCAUCCGCCUGGAGGAGAUUGUCUACCUGCAUUGCCACCAGCAAGUGGACAGCGGCGGGACGGUGGUGUUGGUCAGCCAGGAUGGGAUCCAGAGGCCGCCCUUCCGCUUCCCCAAGGGAGGGCACCUCCUGCAAUUCCUCUCGUGCCUAGAGAACGGGCUGCUCCCUCACGGGCAGCUGGACCCGCCGCUCUGGUCUCAGCGGGGGAAGGGCAAAGUGUUCCCCAAACUGCGCAAGCGAAGCCCCCAGGGUUCAUCCGAGUCCACAUCUUCAGACAAGGAAGAUGACGAGGCCACGGAUUACGUGUUCAGGAUCAUCUACCCUGGCACGCAGUCCGAACUCGUUGCUUCCAGCCCCCUGGGCAGCCCUCCCCCCAUCUCCGCGGGCCCUGCCUGGAUGGUGGUUCCUGCAGGCCGGUCCAUGUUAGUGGUGGCCAGGGGCAGCCGGUGGGCGCAAGCCAGAUGGGACACGACCCUCCUCACGUCAUGCCUGAAGCCGCAGCCCCUCACUCCCCAGGACCUAAUGGAUGUCUCUGUGAGCAGCCUGCCAUCCCUGUGGCAGCCCAGCCCCCGGCAGUCCUCCUGUUCCUCCUGUUCGCAGAGUGGCUCGGCUGAUGGUGGCUCAACCAACGGCUGCAACCAUGAGAGGGCUCCCUUGAAGCUUCUCUGUGACAAUAUGAAGUACCAGAUCCUUUCCAGAGCCUUCUAUGGAUGGCUUGCCUACUGCAGACACCUGUCUACCGUGAGGACCCACCUGUCAGCCCUGGUCAAUCACAUGAUCGUGUCCCCUGACUUGCCUUGUGAUGCUGGACACGGGCUGACAGCCGGGAUCUGGGAGCAGUACCUGCAGGACAGCACAAGUUACGAGGAGCAGGAGCUGCUACGUCUCAUCUACUACGGGGGCAUCCAGCCGGAGAUCCGCAAAGCCGUGUGGCCUUUCCUCCUGGGCCACUACCAGUUCGGGAUGACAGAAACAGAGAGAAAGGAGGUGGACGAGCAGAUUCAUGCCUGCUACGCACAGACCAUGUCCGAGUGGCUGGGCUGCGAGGCGAUCGUGCGGCAGAGGGAGCGGGAGUCCCACGCGGCCGCCCUGGCCAAAUGCUCGUCGGGGGCCAGCCUGGACAGCCACCUGCAGCGGAUGAUGCACCGGGACUCCACCAUCAGCAACGAGUCUUCCCAGAGUUGCAGUUCCGGCCGCCAGAACAUCCGCCUGCAGAGCGACUCCAGCAGCAGCACACAGGUCUUUGAGUCUGUGGACGAGGUGGAGCAGGUGGAGGCAGAAGGUAGGCUGGAGGAGAAACCGACCAAGAUCCCCAACGGGAACCUGGUGAAUGGCACCUGCUCCCCAGACUCAGGCCAUCCCUCCUCCCACAACUUCUCCUCGGGCCUCUCGGAGCACUCAGAACCCAGCCUGAGCACGGAAGACAGCGUCCUGGACCCCCAGCGCACCGUCCCCCUGGUGCUUCGACCCAGGGACAGCAGCAUGGAUGACGGGCAGAGCAGUGAGGCCACCACCUCCCGGGACGAGGCCACUCGUGAGGAGCUGGCCGUGCAGGACAGCCUGGAGAGUGACCUCCUGGCCAACGAGAGCAUGGACGAGUUCAUGUCCAUCACUGGCAGCCUGGACGUGGCUCUGCCCGAAAAGGAGGGCCCCGCGAUGGAAGGCUGGAGGGGCAGCGAGGUGGAAAAGCAGAGCCAGGUGGACAGUGAGGACAACCUCUCAGAGGAGCCUGAGAUGGAGAGUCUCUUCCCUGCGCUCGCUUCUCUGGCCGUGACCACCUCGGCCAACAGCGAGGCAUCCCCUGUGUCUUCCAGUGGCGUCACCUACUCCCCUGAGCUCCUGGACCUGUACACGGUGAACCUGCACCGCAUCGAGAAGGACGUGCAGAGGUGUGACCGCAACUACUGGUACUUCACGCCCGCCAACCUGGAGAAGCUGCGGAACAUCAUGUGCAGCUACAUCUGGCAGCACAUUGAGAUCGGCUACGUCCAGGGCAUGUGUGACCUCCUGGCCCCGCUGCUGGUCAUCCUGGAUGAUGAGGCCCUUGCCUUCAGCUGCUUCACCGAGCUCAUGAAGAGGAUGAACCAGAACUUCCCCCACGGGGGCGCCAUGGACACACACUUUGCCAACAUGAGGUCGCUAAUCCAGAUCCUGGACUCAGAGCUCUUCGAGUUGAUGCAUCAGAAUGGGGACUACACUCAUUUCUACUUCUGCUACCGCUGGUUCCUGCUGGAUUUCAAGCGAGAACUCAUCUAUGAUGACGUCUUCUCCGUCUGGGAGACCAUCUGGGCAGCCAAACACGUCUCGUCCGCCCACUACGUCCUGUUCAUCGCGCUGGCGCUGGUGGAGGUCUACCGUGACAUCAUCUUGGAGAACAACAUGGAUUUCACAGACAUCAUCAAAUUUUUUAACGAGAUGGCCGAGCGACACAACACGAGACAGGUCCUGAAGCUGGCCCGGGACCUCGUGUACAAGGUGCAGACGCUGAUUGAGAACAAGUGAGGGCCGUGUCGGCGCCCGCCCGCCCGCCUGUCCUGCCUGCUUCUCCUCCCAGCCGCCCGGGGAGCGAGGUCCUGACGUCUGUUCCCGAGCAUGGACUUCUGUGCAAAGAGAAAACACCCCAGCUUUGGCCGCUGGGCAGGUGGGGUGGAGGGGUCGUCCCUUCAGUUCAGCCUUAUGUUUUCCUGUUUGACCAAAGAUCGCCCAAGCCUGGGAUUUCUCCCUUGCGGGAGUUGGGGGUUGUUGGUGGGCAGAGGGACCAUCUUCGUUCGUGAUCUCCAGAAUGGUCUUCUCCCCUUUCCCUCCCAUCCCUCCAAGCUGUCUUGUCGGAUGAGACUUGGGUUGGGAACUUUUCGGUGGGGCUGCCUCUGAGCUCUGAAGGGGCCUUUGGAGAUGUUCCAGAACGUGGCUGGGAGCAGAGCAUGGUGACACGGAAUUCUUCUAUGAAGGACGCCUCCCUGUGCACUGUCGGGGCUUGAGCAGCAUCUCUGGCCUGUCCCUGCUAGAUGCCAGUAGCUCCCUCCGUCCCCUGCCGCCGCCCGCCCCUCCCGGGGCCUUAUGACAUCCAGAACUUCUCCGGACGUUGCCAGGUAGCCCCCGCUUUGAGAACCGCUGACUUGCAGGAGGGACUACAAGUGUUUCUCCCUCCCCACUUUCUUUGUACCUGAGCCAACUGUGUCCUGAGACUCCCUCCCAUUUAGAAAAGGCACAUGGGGUCCUCUGCACAUGUCUCCUGGGGUCAGGGAUUUCAGUUGUAUUUUCUCAUCUUUUCCUCCUCCCCCUGGCCUCGGGAGAGACUUUUUUCUUCUUUCAACAAAAGGCUGUGAGAAGGGUCUGUAAGCUUGAGACAGGCCUCUUCAUGGUCCUGCUCAGAGCCCCUGCUCCGGGCAGGGCAGAGUCCACAUCCCCUUCCUCUCAUCCUAGGGAGGACCUCGCCUCUCCUUCCUACAUUGGGUCCGGAGUUCCAGAAGCUUGGAAGGUGUGUGUUGGUGCAAGCCACUUAUUCAAGGAGGCUGGCAUUUCCUUAAGUGCCCUUGCUUACUCAGGACAAAGGGAAGAGAGGAGGACAGAGGUUGGCCAGGGUAGGGUGUGGCGGGUGUUCUCCUUGGGAAAAAAAAAAAAAAAAUCAGCUGAUGAACUGGCAUCCAGGUCACAGCCCAGCCUGGAAAUGGUCCCCUCCAUGUCUUCACACAAAGGGUCACCAGCCCCCCAAAGAGACCCUAGGCGAGCUAGUUUACCCUGCCUACAUGUCCUCCCAGGAGAGCAGUCGCGCCAGCCCUUCUCUGUUUUGGAGAAUGCACCAGCGUCAGGAAAAACAGAGAGAGUCCAAGAACGAUGCUCUUCCCAAGAAUGGCAGGUAGGAUUUUGGAGAGGAGAGGAGACUCACCAAGCACAUUGAGACCUUGACAGAGGGAGCGCAUCAGUCCUCUGGUCCUGAGGAAAGCAGGAGGGGAGCAGUCCCUGCCUGGCCUGCCUGUGAAGGCGCUUCCCUUGCACCCAGCACUUUCGGCUGCAUCUGAACUUCUGCCCAAGUGGGGUAUCCUGGGUGGGAUGGAUGAGAAAUGGACCUCGUUUCCGAAGAACGCUCUGUGCAAGUUUCAUCUCCUUGCCUUGGCCCUCUGCCUUCCCGAGACGGGUGAUCAUGUAUGAAAUUUCCCUCUAGAUAAGAGUUUUAUUUUGCCAUUCAACUCUUCACUACAGAGGAUGUUAUUUUAGCAAGACUUAGGUCCUAGACCUUCCGAUUCUUAUUUAUUUUUUGACAGACUGGUCUGAAAGUACAGCACAAGAUCUCUUCUCUGCCUUCUCUCGUGGUGUUCCAGAGAGUGUCGUGGUUGUGAUUUGAAACAGUGCUUAUUUAUUUGGCUUUCUGUGUUUAUUUGGGUCUCUGUACGUUGUGUGUGCGUCCUUGUGUCCCCGAAUCAAAUGCGUGGGAGUCGUUUUAUCUAUGGAGUGCUCUCUUUUUCUCAGUGUUGCCAACAUAUCUGGUUACUGUUUACUGAAGAGUCGUGUCUAUAUAGAGAGAAAAUAUAUAUAAACAGAAUUGUGUGAACCUGG